GCCUUGGGUGGCCCAUUAUACCUAUGCCUUAUAAAAGUUGACAUAUUACCGUAGUAAAGCGAAAAUUCAGCAGCGGCAACAAAAAUAUCAGCCAUGGACUUUGGCAGCAGCUCCCGGCCGAGCUCAAGCUCGUUCGACUCGUACUCGCCCGGCUCGUCGCUCAAUGCGCCGCCCGGCGGUCCCGCCGGCUCCGGCGGCACUGACAAGGAGCUCGAACAGUUUGUCAUGAUGGAGCAACAGAAGGCACAGUUCCAGGCACAGGUUCACAAACUGAACGACGUCUGCUGGGACCGAUGCGUGGACAAGCCGUCCAGCAAGCUGGACUCGCGGCAAGAGAACUGCCUCUCCAACUGCGUGGACCGCUUCGUGGACGUGUCGUUGGUGAUCACUAACCGGUUCGCGCAGCUGAUGCAGAAGCAGCAGGGCAUUUAGGGUAGGCGGGGACAGGGAGGGGGUCGCCGCCGCCGGCUGGCCGGGUACUCGCCGUGCUGUCUGAGCCACUGGGCCGCGGGAGCGACCGCCAGCUGCGGCGCCGGACACAAUGGACAUCUCUUCUGUUGUUUUAUUAUAGUGUAAGAGAAUACAUGUGACUGUAUGUUGCGUAAUGCGUAUCAGCCAGGUAUGAAGCGCCUUGGAGUUGGACACGAUAUUGAAUUCGUACCUGUGCUGAAAUGCCAGCUUGGUAAUUGAUGAAAUGCCAACUAUGAUAUGAUGCCGACUUGUGAAAGUCACUGAACAUGGGUUUCGUAUAUAUUUCGCCAUACAUAUGGAAUCAAGGAA